AUGGCCGAGAGAAAGGGAGAUGCAAAUGGUAAUGCACUAGGGCAACAACUGCAGGCACGAUACGCGACGAAGCACGAUAUUCGAGGCAUUUUCUGGCAUCAUUGUGGCGUUUCGCCGUCGACAGUUGUGCUCGCAGCAUGGUCCAUUCUGGCUACACGAUACUCUUACUUAACCAAGGCGAACUUUUAUUCGGCAAUGUCAUUGCAACAAGCCGCAGUGCCGGUUGAAGUCAUGGUUGAAUCAGACAACGUCGUAGGAAAGCUGUUACAAGAGCUGGAGAGUCGGGGGCUGGACAAGAAGGUUCAAGGGCAACCGAAUGAUUGGCAUACUCAGCCCUAUAGACCUGACGAUGGUGGCAAGCUCCAGGCCCUACUGAUUGUGGAAACAGUCGCCAAAAUAGGUGGAAAGGAUUGUUCGACACGUCAAGCAAUGGGAAGCUCACAAUACGACGUUGGAGAUACAAAUACUUUUGGCGGGGACGCGAUUUUGUUGAGGUGCCAAAUCUAUGAACAUGCCCUGCAUCUCUACGUCAAUGUUGCGCCUGAUAUGAUGAGGCGCGAAGAAGCCGAAAGUGUGGGCUAUUGGAUGGAAAGGAUUGUCCGCCAGUUAACUGUUGAGGGAGGAGAGGUAAAAAAAUUAAAGGACAUCGAAAUGAUUACUGAGCGUGACCUGCGCAGUAUCUGGCGCUGGAACGCCACGGUUCCCGCGGCCAUGGAGGUGUGCGUGCACGACCUGAUCGCAGACCGGACUCGGCAGCAGCCAGAUGCGUCGGCAAUCUGCGCCUGGGAUGGCGAGCUGACGUACCGCGAACUGGACGAGCUGUCGACGCGGUUGGCUCACCAUCUACUCGGCCUGGGAGUCGGCCCAGCGAUAAUUGUGCCGCUGUGCUUUGAGAAGUCGAUGUGGACGCCGGUGGCGAUGCUAGGAGUCAUGAAGGCUGGCGGAGCGUCGGUUGCCUUGGACACGACUCAACCAGAAGAGCGCCUGCGAACAAUCAUCCAGCAGGUCCAACCUUCUGUCGUCCUCGCAUCGGCUGCGAACCAGGAUCUGGCGGGCCGAGUUGGGGCUAGCACCGUGGUGCCGGUGGAUGGAGCCAACUUGGAGAGGUUCAGUGCGUUUCCUUCGACGCGCCUGCAGCCUGUGGACCCAUGCAGCCGAUUGUACGUGGUAUUUACAUCUGGCAGCACUGGAACUCCCAAGGGCGCUGUUAUCACCCAUGUGAACUUCAGUAGCGCCAUUAAGCACCAGCAAGGCCUAUUACGAUUCUCCACAGCGUCUCGUGUAUACGACUUCGUUUCCUACGCGUGGGAUGUGUCCUGGUCGAAUAUAUUAUACACACUUACUGCAGGAGGCUGCCUCUGUAUUCCGAGUACGACUGACUGCCAUAACAACAUCGCAAAGUCAAUGUGUGAACUUGCUGUUAACUACGCUAAGUUAACCCCGACUGUAUCCCACCUUUUCAACCCAUUGGAUAUUCCUACGCUACAGGUUUUGGUGCUCGGUGGUGAGCCGAUGAGCAAGGCGGACAUGGUGAAGUGGAGCGAGCAUGUUCAUAUGGUUACCACGUAUGGGCCGGCUGAGUGUACAGUGGUAACAACGGUGGAUAUAAUCGGCCACGCGGAUUUGCAGGAUCAGAGUAUCGGGAGAGGGGUUGGAAGUCGGACUUGGGUGGUCGAUCCAAUUGAGACUGGUCGACUCCUUCCGGUCGGUUGUACUGGUGAACUUGUCAUUGAGGGGCCACUUGUUGGACAAGGAUACCUAGGAGACGCGCAGAAAACGACGGCGAGCUUUGUGGAAGACCCGGCGUGGCUGCUGCGCGGAGGGCCUGGGUGUGCAGGGCGACGGGGCCGGCUGUACCGAACAGGUGAUCUGGUGCGAUACAACCCAGAUGGCUCGCUAAUCUUCAUCGGGCGCAAGGAUGCCCAGGUCAAGAUCCGCGGCCAGCGGGUGGAGCUCGGCGAGAUCGAAGCCCACAUGGCACGCCACUUUUCCAUACGGCAGUCCGCGUCCCUACUCCCCAAGUCCGGCCUGUGCGCGAACAGACUGGUAGGCUUCUUCAGUCUCAAGGGAAUUCAGCAGGAUGACAACGAUAGAUCCUCCAUCCAACUUGUUCCUACCAAGAAUACGGCACAGGUCCGACGGCAUAUCGAGGCCCUGGAGGCUCUCUUAGGUGACGCUCUGCCCACCUAUAUGGUCCCCUCCAUCUGGAUCGCGCUCAGGGACAUCCCACUUAGCGUAUCCGGCAAGCUAGACCAUAAAGCGCUCGAGGCAUGGCUCUUCGGCAUGGACUCGGAGACUUAUGCAAAGAUCUCAAACGCUGAUUGCAGCUCUACGUCUCGGGAGCCUGCGACUGACGCAGAGCGCGUGCUCCACGACGCCUGCAGCCGUGUACUCAACGUGCCAGCAUCUAGCAUCGACCUGCAGCGCUCAUUUGUUGCUAAUGGUGGGGACUCUAUCUCUGCCAUGCGGCUCAGCCCGCAAUGUCGUGCCGCUAAUAUCGUAUUCUCCGUUGCAAGUCUGCUCAAGAGCAAAUCGCUCGCCGCGGUUGCACGAUCUUCAAAAGUUACAACGCCCUCUGAAAUUUCUCGAGAGGAAGAUUUCGACGAGCCCUUCGGCCUGUCUCCGAUCCAGCAGUGGUUCUUUACUCAGUCUCCCCCGAGCUUCAACGUCAAGAUUAUGCGAAGGGUGUCUGUUGAUGAAAUCUACCGCGCAAUUUCUAAGAUUGUGCGGCAGCACUCUAUGCUAAGGGCGCGCUUUCAAAGAUUCGCCGGUAACUGGACACAGCGCGUUCUAAAGCCUAGCGACGGCCUUUACCACUUUGGAGCCUCGCAGCUGAAAUCCCUGCGUGAGGUUAAGUCUCUCACUUUGCAAAGGCACCAGGACUUGGACAUUGAAAGGGGUCCGGUGUUUGCGGCGGACAUGUACACGCUACCCGGCGGGGACCAGUAUCUAAUCUUAAUUGCGCACCACUUGGUGGUUGACCUCGUGUCCUGGCGCAUCAUCCUGGGUGACCUGGAGGCUCUUCUCGCUGGCGACACACUGCAAGUGGGACUUCCGUUCCAGGUGUGGAACAAGCUGCAGACUGAGAAGGCCAUGUCCUACGAGCUCGACCCCGAACACGUCCUCCCCACAGAAGAGAUCAGCAACGACUUUGGGUUCUGGAGCUUUGGCCAAGAGACUCCGAAUGCAGUCGGCGACCACGAUGUGCGCUCUGUGAAAGUUGACCAGCAUACAACCUCUCUCCUCCUGUAUGAUGCCAAUAACGCCUUUAACACUGAGCCGGUGGACCUGCUUCUCUCAGCGGUUUUUGACGCCUUUCUUUGCAUCUUCCCUAGGCGAAAGGGACUCACUAUCUUCAAUGAGGGCCAUGGCCGCGAGCCAUGGAGUGCGGAGAUUGACCUGUCGCGGACUGUCGGUUGGUUCACCACGAUAAGCCCAAUCCACAUAUCGAGGUGCAUAGGUAGCGCCCCGGCAAAUAUCGUGAGACUCGUCAAAGAUGCGAGAAGGCGGCUCCCCUCAAACGGCUGGGCCUAUUUUGCUUCGAGGUACCUCAACCGCAAGGGGAUUGGUGCGUUCCAGGCCCAUCGCUCUACCAUGGAAGUGGCCUUCAACUAUCACGGCCAGUUCCAACAGCUAGAGCGCGAUGACUCCCUCUUCCACAAUGUCACUCUUGACGGGGUUUGCGGUAAAGGUCUCGCACUGCCCGCGUCGGCCAUAUUUGACAUUAACGUCCGGAUCGAGGACGGGUUAGUCUACUUCUUUUUCUCCUGGAACCGCCAUAUUGCCCACCAAGAGCUCAUUCACGGUUGGAUCACACAAGUCGGCCCGUCACUACAGUCUAUCUGCGAUGAGCUCACGUCCAUGAAGACCUCAAGCACACUCUGCGACUAUGAGUUCCUGAAUCUAGACUACAGGGGGCUCGAAGAGCUUGAGAGCCAUGUAAUCCCGCGUAUCGUGUCCGCAAACAACGCCGCGGUAGAGGACGUGUAUCCAUGCUCGCCCAUGGUGGACGGUAUCCUGCUAAGCCAACUUAAGGAGCCGGAUUUGUACAAGACUUCCCAGGUAUACAAGAUAAGAUCUCGCGGCCCCAACACGGUCAGCCUCGAUGGUUUGGCAGUGGCAUGGCAGACGGUGGUUGCCCGGCAGCCAUCUCUGCGCACUGUCUUCAUUGCAGGGAUCGACGGGAUGGCCGUAUUCAACCAGGCGGUUUUAAAGUCCUACUACGGUGAGGUCGUUCUGCGGAAGAGCCAAAGUGAGGCUACUGCGCUGGACAUGCUCAAAAAGCUGCCCCCGGUUGAUUACCGGCGGCUCAAACCCCCCACCGUUUCCGACAACUGCGUCAUCUGCCAGCUCGAGAUGAGCCACGCCAUCACCGACGGAGGCUCGAUCGGGAUUACGCUGCGGGACUGGGCCAGGGCGUACGCAGGGUCUUUGAGCCCCUGCGAUCUGCUGGAAACGAGCCGUGGCUUCGCUAGAGCCCUCAAGUCGAGCCCUAGGACAGAAAAGUUAGCUUAUUGGAAGACGAAGUUGGUCGGUGUGGAACCCUGCCAUUUCCUGCACCUCUCAAGUGCCCCCCAACAGGACAAGGGGAUCUCUACAUACAGCAUCGACAUAGGAGGCGAGGUGUUUUCUCAAAUCCGACGUUUCUGCGAGGCACAAUCCAUCACCAUGGGUAGCCUCUUCCAGAGCGCCUGGGCACUCACUCUAGCCGCCUGCACUGGGAAAGACUCUGUCUGUUUUGGUUAUCUUGCAUCUGGCAGAGACCUGCCGAUACCUGGUUUGGAGGAGUCCAUUGGCGCAUAUGCCAACAUGAUGAUCUGCCGCGCUGACCUCUCACGAAAGUGGUCGGGUCAGCGCCUGGUUCAACACAUCCACGAGCAAGUGUUAGAGGACUUUGGCUUCCAGCACUGCUCCCUGGCGGACAUCCACCACGAGCUCAACCUACCAGCUGGACAGUCGCUGUUCAACACGAUCAUGUCAUUCCAAAAACAGGAUCGUGAUGGCGCAGAGUGUGUAGAAAGCCACCGCCUUGAGUUUGCCAAUAUUGACGGAAAGAACCACACUGAAUAUGACAUUGCAGUCAGUGUUGCACAUGGCAUCUCGCAGUUGUGCGUGUAUCUGAACUGCCGGGUCUAUUGUUUAUCCACAGAGCAGGCCUGCCGAGUCCUCUCACUCUUGGAGACAAUAGUUAUCGGGCUGGUGAGCGAAGGUCCUAUCGGUUCAGGCGGCUCUGUGGGCGCUGGAAAGGGACAGAGAAGACUCGGCGACAUCGAGCUCGUCAGUCAUCAGGACCUUGAGGACAUCUGGCGCUGGAACGCCACGGUUCCCGCGGCCAUGGAGGUGUGCGUGCACGACCUGAUCGCAGACCGGACUCGGCAGCAGCCAGAUGCGCCGGCAAUCUGUGCCUGGGAUGGCGAGCUGACGUACCGCGAACUGGACGAGCUGUCGACGCGGUUGGCUCACCAUCUACUCGGCCUGGGAGUCGGCCCAGCGAUAAUUGUGCCGCUGUGCUUUGAGAAGUCGAUGUGGACGCCGGUGGCGAUGCUAGGAGUCAUGAAGGCUGGCGGAGCGUCGGUUGCCUUGGACACGACUCAACCAGAAGAGCGCCUGCGAACAAUCAUCCAGCAGGUCCAACCUUCUGUCGUCCUCGCAUCGGCUGCGAACCAGGAUCUGGCGGGCCGAGUUGGGGCUAGCACCGUGGUGCCGGUGGAUGGAGCCAACUUGGAGAGGUUCAGUGCGUUUCCUUCGACGCGCCUGCAGCCUGUGGACCCAUGCAGCCGACUGUAUGUGGUAUUUACAUCUGGCAGCACUGGAACUCCCAAGGGCGCUGUCAUCACGCAUGUGAACUUCAGUAGCGCCAUUAAGCACCAGCAAGAUGCUUUGGGCUUCACCUCCUCGGCGCGGGUGUUCGACUUCGCGUCGUAUGCAUUUGAUGUGUCCUGGUCAAAUCUAUUACACACGCUUACUGCCGGAGGCUGCCUAUGCGUGCCACAUGAAGCUGACUGCCGCAGGAACAUCGCGCACUCGAUGUCCAAGCUGCGGGUCAACUAUGCUCACCUUACGCCGACAGUUGCCCGUCUUCUGAAUCCUCUCGAUGUUCCGAGCCUUCAGUUGUUGAGACUUGGCGGCGAGCCAACGACCAGCACAGACGUCGUUGCAUGGACGCCACAAAUUGAGAUGAUCAACAGCUAUGGGCCUUCUGAGUGUGCAGUGUCUGUAACAAUAGGAAGAAUCGGCCACUUGGAGUCUCGGGAUCCUAGCAUCGGGGCAGGAUUCGGCUGCUGUACCUGGGUAGUCGAUCCGGUCGAGAACGACCGACUUGUUCCGGUAGGUUAUACCGGUGAAUUGCUAAUCGAGGGCCCGAUAGUGGGCGACGGUUACCUCUCCAACCCAGGGAACACGGAGGCCAGUUUUGUGGAAGACCCUGCGUGGCUGCUACGCGGAGGGCCCGACUGCCCAGGACGUCAUGGACUGUUGUACAAGACGGGCGACCUGGUGCGAUACAACCCGGAUGGCACACUGGUCUUUAUUGGGCGCAAGGAUACCCAGGUCAAGAUCCGCGGGCAGCGGGUGGAGCUCGGCGAGGUGGAGCACUAUGUGCGGCAGAAUCUUGCGAACAAUGUCGAGUCGGCCGUGGUGGCCGAGGUGAUUACGCCACAAGGCAGCACCAACCCAACACUGGUAGCAUAUCUAGCGAUAGGGAAGGAGGCACAGGGGCCCCAAAGCAAUGUUCAGGCAGCCCUGCAGCGGGCAACCCAGGGACUGGAGGACCGGUUGGCCGAGCAGCUGCCGGGGUACAUGGUGCCGAGCUCGUACAUCCCCGUGGACGAGAUGCCGAUGACGGCGACGGGCAAGACGGACCGGCCGCGGCUCCGUGAGAUCGGCGGGGCUCUGACGCUGGAGCAACUGGCGGCGCUGCAGCCAUCGCGCGGCGAACGGCAGGCGCCGGCGACUGAGAUGGAGCGGCGGCUACAGGGCCUGUGGGCGUCGGUCCUCGGGAUAGACGCCGUCAGCAUCUGGGCGGACGACAGUUUCCUGCGGAUCGGCGGGGAUUCCAUCGGAGCGAUGAAGCUGGUCGGGGCGGCGCGCGAGUGGGGAGUGUCAUUCACCGUGGCCGAUGUCUUCCGCACGCGACGCCUCAGUGACCUGGCACGGGUGGUCUCUGAAAUCACACCUUUCUACGAGGACCCUCCACCCGUUUCGCUCAUUGAUACUCGGAACGGUUCUGGGCUUCCUUGA